AUGAUCCCCAAAGUCACUCAAGUCGUUCAGAUAUUACUUGCAGGGUCGGCCGCAUACUUUCUCCUCCACGUACUGCUCACCCGCUCCGCGCACGCUCCGUGGACUACACAGGUACCCGAGUUUGCUCGAAGUGCUUUUGCGUCGGGCACCUAUGACCACAUUCAUAAUGAAACUCUCGGGUUUGAAAAGGUAUACGCUAUCGGCUUGCCAGAGCGUACCGACAAACGCGAUUUCCUCAGCGUGGCAGCCUCUUUAUCAGGCUUCAAGGUAGAAUGGUUAAAUGGAGUACGCCCAGAUAGCCUAAUCCAGAAGGCAAUGCCUAAAGGCAUCAAUCUUGAGGAGGGAACAAAGACGAUUUACGCGGCCUGGCGUGCCCACAUGAACGUAUUGACCAAGAUAGUGGAAGACUCCAUCUCAACUGCACUGAUCUUGGAAGAUGACGCAGACUGGGACGUCAAUCUCAAAAGCCAACUCACCGUAUUCGCGGACGGUCUCCACACAAUCAAAGACAACAAACAUAUUUCCCGUGACGCUCCGUACGGAACAGACUGGGACGUUCUAUGGGUAGGAACCUGUAUCAGUGGACCAAGCUCGAACGAAACCCACUUCUACGCAAUCCCACACGACCCCACAGUCGCCAGUGUAAAGCAAAGAGGUGGCGCGGUCAAAAUGCCAGAAAGUUGGACCCAACGUUACCCCCAAGACUCAACACGAUACGUUUACCACGCCGAAAAUGGAUGUUGUUUGUAUGGAUAUGCUGUGUCGAACCGCGGGGCGAGAAGAAUCCUGGCUGCGCUCUCUAUUGAUCACCUGGGAGAACCGGUGGACAACUCUUUGAGUCAUAUGUGUGGAGGUUUAGGUGAUCGUCCGAGAAUUGAUUGCUACGCCCCGUCUCCUGGCAUUAUUGGUACCUUUAGGCGGGCUGGGUCUGCUGCUCAAGACUCGGAUAUUGAGACUUAUGACAAGGAUUCGUAUCAUGAGGCGAGGUCGUAUAAUAUGGUUUACAGUGCGAAGCUGAAUAUCCAUCGCCUUGUCGCUGGGGGAAGAACUGUUUACAAUCAGUGGCAGGAUGAACCUGAACAGUGGCAAAUGAAGGAGUUGGAAUUGGGGAAGUUCCAGUAUUCUGGCGGGUUUCUUGUUGAUUUGUGA